AUGUCUGUGUUUGCAGAGCUGUGUGAGUCAAAGACACUGGGCCUCAUCAUGUCUGUGUUUGUAGAUCUGUGUGAGUCAAAGACACUGAGCCUCAUCAUGUCUGUGUUUGCAGAUCUGUAUCUGUGUGAGUCAAAGACACUGAGCCUCAUCAUGUCUGUGUUUGCAGAUCUGUAUCUGUGUGAGUCAAAGACACUGAGCCUCAUCAUGUCUGUGUUUGCAGAUCUGUAUCUGUGUGAGUCAAAGACACUGAGCCUCAUCAUGUCUGUGUUUGUAGAGCUGUAUCUGUGUGAGUCAAAGACACUGAGCCUCAUCAUGUCUGUGUUUGCAGAUCUGUAUCUGUGUGAGUCAAAGACACUCAUCAUGUCUGUGUUUGCAGAUCUGUGUGAGUCAAAGACACUGAGCCUCAUCAUGUCUGUGUUUGCAGAUCUGUGUGAGUCAAAGACACUGAGCCUCAUCAUGUCUGUGUUUGUAGAUCUGUAUCUGUGUGAGUCAAAGACACUGAGCCUCAUCAUGUCUGUGUUUGCAGAUCUGUGUGAGUCAAAGACACUGAGCCUCAUCAUGUCUGUGUUUGCAGAUCUGUCAUCAGGGCAAACGCUGCAGAACCCCAGACAUGUGUUAUUGAUGGCCUCCUUUUACCCCAGGCCCAGGUGUGGUGCGGGAAAUAUCCACUGA